AUGAAGAAUGUGCAAAGAGAACAAAAAGGAAAAAAAUAUAAUGAUGAGAAAGUUCGGAAUAGUGGGACGAACUAUCAUCCUCUGAGUAUCGAAAAUAAGAAAGUGAUUGACGAAACUUGGUUCAAAUCGAAUACAGUGUACAGUAAUAUUAGCGUAGAUUCCUCCCUUGACAAAUGUAGAGAACACGCUGGGGAGGGGAAAGCAAUUGGAGAGGUGUUCAAAAGGGUGGGUGCUGACUCCAAGCGGGAUGACAUCCCAGGUAGGGAUGUGCACAUCGGGACGGGAGAACUAACGCGUAAGGAGGAUGGACCCACUGUUUUGAGCAAACCAGGUUCUGGUCUCGAAAAGGAAUCCCUUUCAUCCGAUCAGCCCCACGACGAAAAUGGCUACGAACAAACAGGCUACGUCAAUGUGACCCUCUCGGGGGGAGAAACAACCAGUGAGGAUAAUACACAUUGGAAGGGCCCACUAAAGGGGGGAAAAACAGACGAUCUUUUAUCCUCGACGGAGGGGAAACACCUGGAGAUGAAGCGUAAAGAGAAGAAGUGGUCAAGUAAAAAGAGAGUAGUGAAAGAGACAAACGGCGCGACUCCGAUGCCUGACGAAGGGGGAAGCGAAAAACUGGAACACCUGAAAGACAUUCUACACGAACAGCUAAAAAAGAAAAAACACAUUUUGGAGGAAAAGCUAAGGGUGAGGCUCCACGAAAGGAGUAAGCUCGAGGAAGACGUAAAAAACGCGGGAGUAGAACUGUUUCGAGUAAACAAAGAAAACGAUUUUUUAAAUAAAAAGGAACAAGAGUUAAGUGAGGCGAUAAAGAACAUGAAAGAUGAGAGGGAGAAGCAGCUGGGAAAGCAAAAUGAAUUGAAAGAAAAUUACAAUGAGCAAAUGGCAAACCUGAAGAAAGAGCUGAAUUACCAAUCUGAUGUCUUCACCAAAUUUAAUAACAGCCUCCUCGAACUGAACAAUUUGAGGAGGUACUUCGAUUUGGUGAACGCCACUUCCCGCAUUAGUGAAAAUGUGUUGGGGGCAGGGCGGCAGAAGAUGCAGGGGAAGGUAACAAGCGAAGGGGGGGCCGCCUCCCUGCAGGGGAGCGCGCGUGAGGGAGAGCCCCCUGUGGAGAAGUCCUUCCUGGGAACCCAGUCAGCCAUACAGAAGAAGGAAAAUAUUCUCAACAAGAUGAACCACGACUUGAACGAAAUACAAAACGACAUCGACACAAAGAAAGACAUCGAAAAGAACGAGCAGACAGAAUAUGCCAAUUUGGAAAGACUGAUAAGGGAAGAGAAGGAACAGUACGGACAGUUAAAGAAGGGGAGGCAUGACAUGCUGAAGGAGCUAAACGGCUCGAUCAACGAAAUGAAACAGAGGGAUGAAGCAAUUGACGAAAUGAACACGAAACUGAUGGAGCUAAAGUCAACGAUAUAUGAUAUGGACAUACAGAAGGAUGUCCUGACAAAGGAUCUUACAACGGAGAAGGAGAAAAAGGAAAAGCUUCAGUCCGAGCUUGGGGCGCUCAAAAACGAGACGGAACGGACUAUACAGGGGAGAAGAAACGUCCAGAAGGAAGUGCACACUACUGUGCAGCACAAUAAAGAGGUCAAAGUGGAAAUACAAAAUGAGCGAGACAAGUGUGUACAAAUAAACGAAGAAAUAGGAAAACUGAAAAAGGAGAUACGAAACAGAGAAAACGAAAUAAAGAUCGUAAAAAAUGACAUUAACAAAAAUAUCGAUAAAAUAAUCAAUAUGUAUACAGAAGAAAUUAAAGUGAGUCAUUUUUCCUCCAAACUCAAGAGCGAUCUGGCCAACGUGAAGGAAAACAUAACAAGAAAGGAAAACGAAAUUGAAAACUAUAAAAAUGGUAUCAUCCGAAUUAAGAUACAACAGAUUCUGGAAAGUAUAAAAAUAGAAAAUGUGCAAGAAAAGGUAAAAAAAUUAAAUGAAGAAUUUGAGGAGAAACAUCAACUGCUAAAGAACUAUGACCAUGUGAUAAAGAAAAAUCAUUACUUAAUUGAAAACAAGCAACUCGAGGUAGACAGACUGAACGAAGAGUUUGACAAGAAAAAUAGAAAAAACUCCGAUGACCAUGGAAUGCCUCUCACAUUAAACAUAAAAAUACAGAAGCUAAGCAAACAGAUAAGGGAGGUACUCAAGCAGAGCAGAGAUCUCGAAAAAGACUGGUUCUUGAAACAAUCCGAAAUGAUAAAAAUACAAAAUGAGAACCAAAAAAUGAACGAAGAAAUGCUCAGGGGCAGAGACUUACGACUCAUUCUGAAUCAGAAGAAAUGCGAACUCCAGGAAAAUUCCAAAAACGCACAAAAUGUACUUAAAAAAAUCAAUAGAAAUAUUAUGUACAUACGGUUACAGCUGGAAAAGUUCGCCUCCAAAAAUUCCGACACACUGGGAGAAAUCAACAAAAUGGAAGACGACAUGCUCAGGUGGAAUGAAAAAAAAAAUAUCAAAGCUGAGGAAUAUAAGAGGAAAAAGGAAAACUUAAAAAAUGAUAUCAACUGCUUAAAAAGUGAAAAAGAAAAAUACCAACAAGACCUCCUACAUUAUGAAAAUAAAAUUCUUCUUUUGGAAAACAAAAUUGAACAAAAAAAAAAGCUACAAGGGGUUAUCAAAGAGUACACGGAAAAUAAAGACAUCCUCCUAUUGAAGAAAAACAUACAGGCGAAAAAUGAUCUCAUAGAAAAUGCAAAAAAACAGCAAAAUAUUCUCCUCGCGAAUAUCAAACAGGCACUAAACAAGCGAAACGAACUCGACAAUAAGAAAGAAGAUUUCCAAAAAAAUUUUGACAACGGAGUUAAUGUCUCCUGUAAAAUACAAAACGAAAUUUCUUUUGUUAAAAAAAAUGUUAAGGAGGUUAAAGGAAAGAAGGUGUCCCUCACCAAGUACUUAACCGAACUGAUCCAAUCGUAUGACCAGCUCACAAAUCAGGCACAUCAGGAGAAGACACACCUCCUAAAUAUGAACAGACAGUGUGACAUCUACGAGGGCAUACUGAAAAUACAAAAUUCUGAAAAGAAGCAGCGAUUUCAGGAAUUGCUAAAAUUUCAAAACGCAGUAAAAAAUGGUGGCUCUCUUUACAACUCGAAGAAGCCGUAUGAAACUCUGCGGAAGAGCUGCGCCUCCUACAAGAGGAGGCUCGUCAGCAUUGAGAACAAGCUGCGUGGCUUGGACGCCACAGAUGAGGCGUACGCCAAGCUGAUUGGGGUGCUGCUCGAGUGGCUCGCCAACUAA